CCGUUGUGCGCUUCUAGAGCAUUUACAAGAUGACAGUGCCAUCUUCCAUACCUAAAAACCUCACUAAACCCUGAGAAGACGAAGAGGGAGAGAUAUGUUUCAGAGCAAAGUGUUAUCCUCUAUUUUGAAGAGGAACAAGGGAGCUAUUAAUACUGUAAUAUCCAAUUUCAGAGGUAGAACGUCUCCGUUUAAGGAUUUGAUGGAACAGCCUUCAACAUCAUUCUUCAAUGUCUUUAGAUCCUCACCUGUGUGUCAUCACAUCCCAUCUAUGAGGAAUAUGUCCACUGCAGCAUCUAUUGGCAUGGAAGGUAAGGAAGGAUUAAAGCUUCUUGUAACGGGGGGACCCCGAGCUCAAAAAAUGGUUGGCAUAUGGCUUUUUGGUUCUGCUAUGUGGGUUUUUAGCAUGGUGGUCCUUGGUGGUGUCACACGGCUAACUCGAUCUGGUCUUUCAAUGACUGAUUGGAAAUUUACUGGUAGCCUCCCUCCUGUUUCAGAUGAGGAAUGGUUGAAUGAAUUUGAAAAAUAUAAGCAGUCACCUGAGUAUAAGCGUGUAAACAAAGGGAUGAGUGUUGAAGAUUUCAAAUUUAUAUAUUGGAUGGAAUAUGCACAUCGUAUGUGGGGAAGGGGACUGGGUAUCAUGUUCGCUCUGCCAUUUUCAUAUUUUCUGCGCAAGGGAUAUAUAACCUUGCGACUUGGACUAAGACUCUCUACUCUUUUUGCCCUUGGUGCUGGGCAGGGUCUAAUUGGCUGGUGGAUGGUUAAAAGUGGCCUAGAGGAGCCAGCAUCUGACUAUGCUCAGCCAAGAGUAAGCCCUUACCGUCUUGCAGCACAUCUUACUUCAGCAUUUGUUAUUUACAGUGGCCUGUUCUGGACUGCUCUUUCUGUUGUAAUGCCUGAACCACCUGCUGAAUCUUUAGCUUGGGUUCGUGGAGCAGCAAAAGUGAAGAGACUUGCUCUUCCUGCUAGCCUCAUUGUAGGCAUUACUGCUGUCUCAGGGGCCUUUGUUGCUGGAAAUGAUGCUGGGCAUGCAUAUAACACUUUCCCCAAGAUGGGUGAUACAUGGAUUCCUGAAGAUAUCUUUGAAAUGAAGCCACUAAUUCGAAACUUCUUUGAGAAUACAUCAACUGUGCAGCUUGACCACCGUAUCCUUGCAACUACUACCUUGAUUUCAAUUGGUGGAUUGUGGUGGUUCACGAGAAAGCUGGACAUACAUCCAGCAGUACGAUCUUUAAUUGGAAGCACACUUGGCAUGGCUGCUCUGCAGGUCACCUUAGGGAUAUCAACACUUCUAUCAUAUGUGCCUGUAUCACUUGGAACUGCACAUCAGGCUGGAGCCUUAACGCUUAUGACACUUAUGAUUCUGCUCAACCACACAGUGCGCAAGCCAUCUGUAUCUCUUCUAAAAUCACUUCCUCAAGUAGUGAAGACGGUCUGAUUAUCCAAGAAAUUUGCAAUAGAGUAUUCAGUUAGUUUUAUCAAAUGCAAAAAUGCAUUGGACUGUCAUUGUUGUUCUAAUUUAGUCAGUAAUGUUCAACUUCAGGUCCAUUAUUCCAAACAAAAGAGGGAGGAAUGAAUAUAUGAUCAUUUGUUGUGAUUAUGUGGCUAA